AUGAAGCUGACUGUGAAAACUCUAAAGAAUGUGCAGGUGGAGGUGCAAGUACAGGAAACCUCUACAGUCGAGGCUGUAAUGGAGCAGAUCGAGCAGCUCCUGCCUAAUAUGCCAGCGAAAACACAGAAGCUCAUCCAUUCUGGCAAGAUACUCAAGAGAGAAAUGCAAAUUAAGGACUAUCCGGACAUCAAAGACGGUGAUAAAGUCAUUGUGAUCGCCUCCAAAGUGGUUGAGUCCUCGGCUCCUCAGCCGGUGGCAAAGGUCGAGGAAAAGACGCCAGAGAGCACACCCGUACAACAAGAAGCUCCAGAAAAGUCAGAGCCCGUGUACGAUAAUCCGUCGUCCAAGCUCCUCAUUGGCCAGGAACUUCAAGAUAACGUGAAUCGGAUCUGCGAAAUGGGCUUUGAGCGUGCAAUGGUAGAGCGUGCAAUGGCAGCUGCAUUUAACAACCCAGAGAGGGCUGUAGAGUUCUUGUCAACGGGACAUAUACCAGAGCCUGAGGCAAUGGGAAUGGAUUUGCCCUCGAUGGAACACUCGGGAGAUAUGCCACGUACAAAUGAGGACGUUAUUCAGAUGCUACAGUCCCAUCCAAUGUUUGAACAGCUUAGACAAGUCGUCCAGUCUGAUCCUCAAAUGCUUCAACAGCUCUUGGACAAUAUUGGACGAAAUAACCCAGAACUUCUCCAGAGCAUAAUUGAACAUCAAGAUGAAUUCAUGGACUUAAUAUCUUCCGGAGCUGAGGUGGAACCUUUUGGAAUGCCCCUGGAGCGUCCAGACUCAGUAAAUGACGAGAAUAACCCGAACAUAAUAUCGCUCACCGAAUCAGAGAUGGAAAGUGUACAAAGACUGGAAGCCCUUGGCUUCCCAAGACCCGCAGUUAUUGAGGCCUUUCUUGCCUGUGAUAAGAACGAACAACUUGCGGCAAACUAUUUACUGGAGCAUUUUGAGAAUUAGUCUGCUUGGCCUCGGGAAAAUCUGAAUUGAGCCAACUUGCAGAAACGAGACUCCACAAUUUGACAAGGAAUUGAUCAUGCACUUGCAAUUAUAUGGGAAUUU